CUAGGUUUGCCUGAUUCCUUCUUAGUUUUUCUUGUGGUUCUAUCAUUUUGGUUCUGAAUCGAUGACAGUAUUGCAAGAACUUUAGCAGACACAAUUUCCAUGCACGCAGAGUAUGUGCAGACAGAUAUAAAGGCAAUGAGUAGGCAAUCAAGGUAUUGCAUGUGUUUGCAAAUGAAAACCACGGUUGGACCACUGCAGAAGAUGCCUCCUCCUGGACUUUUUUAAAGAAAAGGGUGAUUUUUUUUCCCCCAUCAAAAAUGUUGACAGUGUUGUGACCUUGCAAUUUAUUUCCCGUUUCCAAGACAAAAUGUUUGUCGGCCCUCAAGAAUUCUGCAUCCUCUGUCGCCUGGAGACAAAGAGUUGAUGUGAGCAGGGGACCAGGGUUUGGACCCUGGGUGGCAGAUAAGUGGAAAUAUGGACAGCAGGAGAGCAGUAGCAGUUUUUGAGGUUGAAACACCAUAUCACCAGCUCCCUUUCUAUUACCUGCCCCGCGCUGCAUCUCCGAGGAUCACUGCCAAGGCUCAGUCCGCACUACUGAGCGGGCAGCAGUCGCAUCUCCUCCCGCGCAGUCGGAUCGGCUUCUCCCGAGCUCAUUGCUCCUCCGAGCAGCCCGUCCUCCCGGCAGCCCCGCGCUGAAGGGGGGCCGCAGGACUUUGCACCCGCGGGAAGGAGCCACGGGCGGGGAGCGCUGCGCUUUCUGCCUCCCGGGCCGGGGCUGGCGGGGACGGCAGCGGCAGCAGCCGCUUGGCUGCAGCCCCCGGCAGGAGCCGGCCCUUGCCGCGGGGGCAGCGCCGACCCUGCCGUGUGACAGCCGGGGGGGGCCGCUGCUGCCUCGGCGAGCCCGGCUGCGGCGCGGCGGCUGCAGCCAUGUGUUUCUCCGCCUGCCAGUGACACAAUAACACGGGAAGCGGCGGGAGGGAUCCGAGCCUGCCGUGGGGAAAAGUGACCUGAGGCGCUCAGGCCGGCGGCGAUGGAGGAGGGCAUGAGCAGCAUGCAGCAGAAAGCGGCGGAGCUGGAGCACAUGGCCGAGGUCCUGCUCACCGGCGAGCAGCUCCGGCUCCGACUGCAUGAAGAAAAGGUCAUUAAGGAUCGGCGACACCACCUCAAAACGUACCCGAACUGCUUCGUGGCCAAAGAGCUGAUUGACUGGCUGAUCGACCACAAAGAGGCCUCCGACAGGGAGACAGCCAUUAAACUGGUGCAGAAAUUAUUGGAUCACAGCAUCAUCCACCAUGUCUGUGAUGAGCAUAAAGAAUUCAAGGAUGUCAAACUGUUCUACCGCUUCAGAAAAGAUGACGGGACGUUUCCACUGGACAAUGAGGUGAAGGUGUUCAUGAGAGGACAAAGACUGUAUGAAAAGCUGAUGAGUUCUGAAAACACCCUUCUGCAAGCCAGGGAAGAGGAAGGAGUCAAGUACGAGCGGACCUUUGUGGCGUCGGAGUUCAUGGACUGGCUGGUCCAGGAGGGCGAGGCCGCGACACGGAGCGAAGCGGAGCAGCUCGGCCGCAGGCUCUUGGAGCACGGGAUUAUACAGCAUGUGUCCAACAAGCACCAUUUUAUGGACAGCAACUUGCUCUACCAGUUCAGAAUGAAUUUCCGCCGGCGGCGGCGAUUAAUGGAGCUCCUCACUGAGAAAUCUCGGUUGAUGCCAGAAAGCCAUGACAGCCCGUUCUGCCUGCGCAAGCAGAACCAUGACAACAGGAAACACACCAGUUUUCUCUCAGUGAGUCCCACCAAGGAGAUAAAGAUCGUGUCGGCCGUGCGGAGGAGCAGCAUGAGCAGCUGUGGCAGCAGCGGGUACUUCAGCAGUAGCCCCACGCUCAGCAGCAGUCCUCCUGUGCUCUGCAACCCCAAAUCUGUAUUAAAGAGACCUGUGACUGCUGAUGAGCUCUUGAUGCCUGGAGCCCCAUAUGUUAGAAAAACUUUUACGAUCGUUGGCGAUGCCGUGGGCUGGGGCUUUGUGGUGCGGGGGAGCAAACCCUGCCACAUCCAGGCUGUGGACCCCAGCGGGCCAGCGGCUGCGGCUGGGAUGAAGGUUUGCCAAUUUGUCGUGUCUGUCAAUGGCCUCAAUGUUCUCCAUGUGGAUUACAGGACAGUAAGCAACCUCAUCCUGACCGGCCCUCGAACAAUUGUGAUGGAAGUGAUGGAAGAAAUGGAGGCCUGAGAAGGCACAAAGUCCCUAUUACUGGACAUUUUUGUGCGACGAAUAGCAACAGCCGUGGAGUGUCAUGACACAAGGCAGCAGAAUGUUGCUCUGUCUAAACAGAUUUUGCUUUUAGGGGAGGGGGCUCUCUUUCCUUUAAUAAUAGCACUGGUGAUUAUGCUAAGAUGUGAACAAUAGCUACCAGCUUAUUUUCACCAUGGACUUCUCUGUGCCCAACAGAGACAAGACCAGGGCCUUUAGGUGGUCUGUCCAGCCAUGGCUGCAUCGGGCAGAAUGGGCUCCAGCACAAGAGGCUGUGCAUAUUUCCUCACAGUCCACUGCUGGAUCAAAGCACUGCAGGAGGUGAAAGAGCCAAGCACUGUGGGGUUGGGGUGUCACAGAUGGUUUCCAUGAGAUACUGACAUUGAUAAACAUGGUCCUGGUGUCCAGCUUUGUCCCUGGAGCACAUGCAGUCGCAGUUGUUCUCUCCUUGGGCUGAGGGACAGCUGACUAAAUCCUGGCUUGAUUACAAACACAAAUGAACUGCAAAUGCAUGAGAAAAGGUGUCUGUGCUCUGUAGAGGAUAGUCUGGUAUGAAUGUUUGGGCCUUACUGAUUACAUGGGUUAGUCUAGAAAGAAAAUGGAAAAACGUGGUCUUUUACAAAAACUGCCUUUGAAAAUUGGUCUUUUGGUUUCAAUGCUUGUGUGCUGGAUUAGGUGCUUGAGUAUAAAAUAUUGAUUUUGAGUUUUUUUCCGUACCUGUAAAGGAAAGAUGCCUCAGUCUUACUAUUGAUCACUUCAGAGAAGAACCUUAAUUCCCAGAAGAAUAUUUGGCAGGUUGUAGUGGGAAAUUUACAGUGUUAGCAUAAGGAAUGAUACAUUCAGGUUCUCCAGUAGCAAAAGCACACGUUAAACUGAAGCAAUGUACUUGAAUGUACAUGAAGCUUAUGAGCACUUUCCAAUCAUCUGAUGUUUUGCAAAGAACCAACUUCCCUCAUGAGCUGCAUUUGACACUGUUACAAAGAAAACAUUGUAUUUAACUGACUCUUAUUGUUUUUCAAACAGUAGGAUUUUUUCAUUGAUGAAUUAAUGAAAGAAAUAUUUUUAAAAAGCAUAUAUAAAAAUUCCGUAUUCUGCAGUUAGGUGACUCUUCAACUCAGUGUUAGGGGGACUGCAUGGGUUUUCUUUGAUCUUUGAACUGAAUGAAUAUAUCCUGUUCCACAAAAUUCAUAUACACUUUGCAGACUUUCUCUGCUGUCUAAAUUUUACAAUUAAAGUUGACUUUCUAUAUGCACAUGCCACAGAUCAUCCAAUUCUGGGGUGGGGAAAGUAUUUUCCCUCAAAUAAUUUUGAAACAUGUUUUGUAUUAAAAAUUGUUCUCACUAAAAAAAAAAAAAUUGUUCUUUCAGUAUGUUUUUCAUUCACUCAAACACUUUUACUUCAGAAGUAUAGCAAGUCUUCCAACUCAUGUAUUCCUGAGAAGUCCUUGAGUUCUUUGUUUCUGGUUUUGUAUAUCUGUGGUUGUAUUUUCACCAAGAAAACUUCUCAUAUUCCACUAAUAUGCAGCAGUGCAGGGAGGUAUAAAACUGCAGCUGAUUACUCAAUACUAACCAGGCACCAGAGUGUUUGGAGGGUUGUUCAAACUGCCAUCUAUGACAGUUCUGAAUCCCAAUUGUACUCCCCAAAAUUUUGGUAAAUACGUGUAUGCCACAUCGGGUUACAUUUUACAGGUCAUCCAAAAUAAAUAUCUAGGCACACAAUAUUAUAUUAGAUUGUAAUAACUGUCCAUGGUAUCCACUCAGAACAGUUGGAAACAAUCUUGUUGUUCCAGAAAUGUUUCAGUAUGCUAUAAGUAUUUUGAGUUUGUGAAUCCAGGAAUGCUUCUACAAAUAUUUGGAUUUAUUUUCUAAUUUUUUAAUUUUUUUUUUCCUUCUUUUCUUUUUUCCCCUAAGUUGUUUUGGUUGCUUAGCCCCUUUAAAAUAUAAAUUCGGCAUGUUAGGCUAAGUUAAAUGUUACAAUUGAAGGGUUUUCUUAGCAAAUUGCUGAUGUUUCUCUCUAAUGCCAUCCUGGGUUCAUCUGUAUUACAUCUCUUGCCUUAGUUAAUAUUCUGCUAGAAGUUCUCUGUAGCUUACAGAUAAUUAAGAAACUGGGUCAGAAUUUGGCUUAAUAAUGCAUUACAGAGUGCACUUCAGACUGGAGCAAAAAGAGUGGGAAUGGGGGCAGGGAGAAAUAUGUGCAUUUCAUUAUGUUACAGAUUGGAGAUGGCAUCUUGAUUCACAAGAUACAUUAGUCUCUAUCACAAUUUGAGCACAGCUACUUGCCUUCUGUUUAACAGAGAUUUCCAUAUUGUGUUCUCAACUUGAUUGACAAUCCAGGAUUUAAUUAAUUCUUUCCCUCUUCAGCGUGACAAAGGUAUUCAAAUUGUGUCUGCAACGAAAUUUUGUAUUUUGGAAGAAAGGGUGAAAAGUAAACAAUUAAUCUAUGAAAUGUAUCAUUUCCAAUUAAAUUGCAGUUUGUCUGCACACAGUGCUGCAUAUGCUCCGAGACAUCCCACAGCAGUCAGUGCCAAACUCUCAUGCACUUCAGAGGGCACAGAAUUUUAAAUAUAACAGAGCACCUUGCUUCCUGCAAAGUGCCAGGGGAAAUGUAAGAUUAUUCACAGAAGUGAGUUAUUUCAAGAGAUAUCUUGAAUGAAUAGCAUGAAUAUCACAGUGUAGAAGGUAGCAAGAAACCAGAAAUUAAAAAACGAACCCUGGCAUCAGCAGUAAUAGCUUCAUUAAAAAGACAGGCAUUUUUGUAAGACUUAGUCUCUUCUGUGAUCUCAUUUUGGUUACUGUAGAUCUUACAAGAUCCUCUAAUAAAUCUUUAAGCCUUAAUCACUCAAAUUAGUGCCAUUCCUCUGUACAUGUACAUUUACAAAUCAUUUAUGGACAUCUUCAAGCAAUGUAAUAUUUAAUUAAAUUCAAGUAGCAGUUAAGCUAAUUGGAGCAUUAAAUCAUUGCAAUAGUUAUCAUAUUUUUUCCAUUAUAUUUCCCUAAAGAUAAAUUAUUUUCAUUUUCUUUUUCAAGAUCAAAUACCGUGUGUAUGGUACUGAACACAACUGGUUCCACAAUUAGUCCCGUGGAAGGCAUUUCAUUCACACAAUGAUGCAAUAAUCCACUUCAGGUGUAUCAGUAGUUAAUUGUCUUCAUUUUAUGUCUGCAUAGAAGCUGAAAAUAAAACUUUCAGAAUUAAAAAGACAUUGUGUCAUAGCAGCAUCUGAAAUAUGAGUGGGUGUGACUUGCUGUACCUUCUUCUAUGAGAUUACAUUCAGGACAAGGUUUGGAAUUAAAAGGUCAUGCAGUAGGACUGUUUUUCAAAGUGUUUUUCUUAAUUUUUUUCUCUAAUUUCUGAUCAUACCCUCACUAAUGACUAGAGUGCUAGGGAUGUGUCAAAUGCUGUCCCAGAAUUACUGUUUAAUGGUCAGCUUGUUCCCUUAGCAUGGUCUGGAUCUCCGAGAAAAUUGCCCCAGUGUAGUUCAGAGAAUAACAUGAGAUCUGAAUUUGGUGCCUCUUGGCCUUCAGACCAGAGACAGUCUCUGCACUGACUUCAUGUACUAACAUAGACAUAAACAAAUGAGAAUAGCCUGAGGUUUAGGAAGAGGAGGCAAUUGACUCUUCUUCUGUGCUAAUAGCUAUAAUGCAUGGAGGUUUCCUUUUUCUUAUCAAAUUAUAAAUUAAUUUAAGAUAAUUCUGGGAAUCAAAUAUUAAUUUUUAAUGUUAAUUUUUUUUAGAUAUUAUUUUAAUUUUAGAGACAGGAGAAACUGAAACAAUGUGUCUUGCAAAAGUGUUUGUCUAAUGCAAGACAGACUGAGAAAUCAAGUGUUGCAAGUAUGAGUAUUUUCUUCCCAGUGUGUAAUUGGAACUAGCCCACUUGUGUAAGUGAAAAAUCAUGUGAAAUAUCACGUGAAAUAUCACAUAAAUACAGUUAAACCACACCGCUCUUCAAAUAAAGUGAACUACUAACCUUUUACAAUAAAAUUGUCAUUAAAGGUUUUCAUAGAUCACCCUUUUUAAAUGUCUUUGGUGAGUGAUGUGGCUUUUAUUUUUCACUUAUAUGUGUUACUUACAAAAACAGAAAUAGUACUUGCCAAUUCACUAAUUCCCUUUGUAUACUCACAGUGCAGAUAAAAGUAUCUUUAUGUUCCAGAAAGGCUGAGUGAUUUUAAGCCAUUAGAUUUCUCUCCAAACUUGUACAUAAAUAAAUAUUUAUAGCUUAAUUUUUAAAAGGAGCCACUAAUGCAAGAGACAAUUUAAGAAUGUCAAAGGAUGUCACAGGAAUCAAUGAUACAGUUAAUUUAUACCGUAAAGAGAGUGUUUCAUGUAUAGCUACCUAAUCUUUGUACUUGCAAUUCCUCAGGAAAAUUCCGUAAUAUUCAGAAAGGGAGUAGUUAUAACUGUCAAACUGAAUGCCCUCUAGGAAAAUGGCUCUCCUCCCUCAUAUUGGCCAUGGGAGUUGUGAAUUUCCAGUAUUGUUGAAACUCAAGUUUUAUAAGUACACACUUAAACUACAAUACUUAGCUUUAAAAGCAGGGGUUGAAGCAGACACUGAACUUUAGGGAGCACAAAUUGUUGUGGUGCCUCUUCUACAAAGAUGCUGCCAUAUGCCCAUAGGUUUCCCAUCCUGUGUCACUAUAACUCUCCUUGAACUUAGAGUACAACAGUCUCCUACUGGCUUUAUAUGGCCUUGUCAAAUAAUAAUCACAAUUUCUUUCCAGAAUUUGCCGGUGAUUUGCAGAGGAAAAUCUGGUUUUAUGUGCAACCUCUUGCUUCAGUUCCUAAGGUGCUUCUACACAGAGAUGUCUACAAACUGCUCCCUAGAGUGCAUAGACAGCUAGGGGUAUUCUGAGCACUUCAAUAGUCAUUUCCAUCAUACCUGAGCAGCUGAACUCCUCCUCUCCAGGGAAAUGCUCCCAUCCAGCAGCUCCUGCUGCUGCUGCUGCUGCAUGCACCCAAACAGGCCAAGCUGGAGAACAAUGGUCAGAACAGCCCACACCCACAAGACUGUUUUGCCUUUACCAGUGAUUUAUGGAUAUAUUUAAUUUUCUUUCCUAUUCUACUUAUUUUGCAUCAUAGUUGACGUUGGUCCUACUUUAUUUGAGCUCAAAAAUAAUUUCUGGAAUAUCUUGAUGGUCCUGCUUCUUUGUAUUUUUAUUAGUCUCUUUUUGAGAGACUCUUUACCAUGAUCACCAUUGCUAGCUUUUCAUAAAUUAGCAGUGCUUAUUUAGCAAGCCUAAUAUUUCAGGGAAACAGGUGAAUUGGAUGCUGCUUUACAAUUGAAUGAUAGUUAAUGUAUAAACAAAGCUUCAAGGCAAGAGAACAAAGUAAGAAAAUGUUACCAUAAAUGAUGGAAUAAAAUUAAUUUUCAUAUAAAAUGAUGUCACAUCUAAUCUUAAAAAACCCUGUGUGUGACUCUUAACACAGAUGGGCCAGAGCUUUCAUGGACUUUCUCAGGUUAUGGAGACAAAAGAGGAGACCUCCACAGAGUGGUGUUUCCUUUGGGCCUCUGGGUGAGCUACACAUGACUUCCCUCCCUCCUGUACCAGCUGGAGCACCGCUCCCAACCAUAGCUGGGCUUGGAGCCACGCAAACUCUUCUCUUCACUGCUAGCUGUAAAUUACUGCAGAUUUUUGUAAUUACCUUUUAUUUUCCACUUCAGGUUUUAGAGUUUCUCUUAUUAAACAAAAAACCAAUUAAUUUCUCCAUCUAUCUGAUAAAGAAGUGCUGCAUUUCACCCCCUUAUGUUUGCAGUGAAAUGUGUGAUGAACAGAAAUACUUUUCAGUUUGUACUCAAGCCUGACUCAGGGAAUACAUGUUCUUACCUGCCCUUUUCAGGGCAAACCUCUUCUGGGAAAAUAUCAUGAAAAUUUCAUGAAAACCCUAGCAAAACCUGGAAUGUGAUGCCUAUUAGUAGAUCAAUCCUGGAAAAUACAUAAUGUGUUCAAAUAAUUAUUAAAAAAAAAGAAGAAAAAUGAAGACAAGUUAGCUCAUUUUAAAAUUCUCAUUGAUGAUUUUAAAGUAUAAGCAAAAUGAAUGUAGACCACAGAAGGGAAUCUAUCAGACAGGUGCAGUGAAAGGAUGUAGCAUGGAAAGGUUCUGCCAUAGAAUGAUAGAAUGGUUUGGGUUGGAAGAGACCUUAAAGAUCAUGUAGCUUCGUUCUCCUGCCAUGGGCAGGGACACCUUCCACUCUGCCAGGUUGCUCAGAGCCUCAUUGAACCCAGCCUUGAGCACUGCCAGGGAUGAGACAGUCCCAUAAUGUCCUAUUAAGUUUCUUAAUAAACAUAACAGAGAGAAAAAGUAUUGUACUUUUAUGGCUAAAUUUACAAUUUAUGUUCUUAACCAUGCCUUGUCAAUAAGGACAAAGUAGUAAUCAAUUUUUACAUUUAUGAACAUUCAAUCUUAAAAUGCAGUACAUAAGAAUAUAGUAAAGAUAUAUUUGGUUAGGAAAUACCUGCCUUUCAAAUAUAACAAACUACCCAAAGAAAACAUAUCCUUUAACUAAAUAAGUUCCAUUUACAUUAUGAAGUAAUUUAAACUUUUUUUCAUAUCUUCUAUUUAUAAAGUAGAAUGCAAACACCGCAUGUAUCAACUAAAAAUAAAUACACAUGCAGGCUUGAGUGAACAACUGUUUUGUCAAUGGAGGUAUGGGGCUAAAUUGAAUGCUUCAGGUUUAUUAGCAAAAGUUUAAUUAAGUGUGAUGUUGAGAAAAGCCUGGGAAAUAUUGUGAUUACACUCAGAAGUACUUAGUAGUUUGCAGGAUCAAGAACCCAUUUAAUUUCGAAGUGCCCUAACAGCCUUGCUUUGCCUGCAAAAUAUUUCUAGAACUAUGAUAAGAUUUUCUUAAAACUCAUUUAAAAAUUGUCAAUGGGAUGUACUAGCUUUUAUGGCUUAAGUUGGAAAGAAAGAAACAGGAAAGUAUUUAAGAUCUUAAUGUUACAUUUUCUUAAUGUCUGUUUUGUUUUAUAAGCAUUUUCAGCUCAAGUGCUUUCUGAAGAUAAUGUUAUGCACCCUUUGUUUGUUACUGCAGCUGGGAAGUGUGUGUGUUUAGUUUGUUUUGCCAGAAUAAACAAGAUCUUGUUGAAUAUUAAAAUAUUCAAUAUUUCAUUUUUUAUUACACUCCAUCAGGCAAAUUGUUUAUUAAAUGCUUAAAAGAUGCAUUUA